AUCCAUGCUAUUUCUGGUCAUCGCCCAAGAACUUCCAAGCGGAUAAUCUCCUAAUCGCCAGCUCCUCAGAUUCAUCUUCACUUGUCUUUGCCGGAGACCUGGCUUAUGUCUGGGGCGCCAGCUCCUAAAUAGCCGCUGACCUUGUUGGCUAAAGCAUGUUAGGAAACAGGCUGGCAUGACCGCCGGGAUCUCUCUCCUCUCGUCACGCUGCCAGCUGCAGCCUCCCACACUGUGCUGGUGCUCCAAAAGCAGCUGCUCCCGGCCCAGGGAAGCAGGGGCACCCAUGGGUGCUGCUCUCGGGGGCUGUGUUGGUGGGGUUGCAGUCUGUCUUUGGAGGGCAGCGCUGAUUGUUUUGCAUGUGGCCUGUGCCGUGGGGGCCGGAGUCGUGUUGGGUGUGUGGAGGAGAGUGGCCGUGGGGCAGGGGACCAGGGUCCCUUGGCCGGCAGGCCAUGUGCACCACCUUGCUCCUUGGCUGAAGGAUGGCGAGAGGCUGCAGCCCAGGGCUGGGACCCUCUUGCAUGUCUCAUCCUUUGCCUAGUAGCACAGCGGAGACUUGCUGAGCUGUGCGCGGGGUGGGAUGCUCCCACCCUCCAGGCAGGCACCAGUGGCUGUGAUGCAUGCACCGUCCCCUCCCCAAGGGCUCAUCUGCAUUGCUUUCCAAGCCGCUGGAGCUAUAGGACUCUGGGCUGCUGUCUCUUGCUCAGCUCGGAGCCAGGGGCCCCAAGCACUGAGCCAGCCAGGGUCCUGAUCCAGCCUGGGGCCCCUGGUGACUGGCGUACCGCAUGGCUGGGCUGGGCCCUGGCGCGUCCUGCCUUUUCCUGUCUCAUGGCAGCAGGAGGGGUGGCAGCGGCAGGUUUCGCCCGGGGUGCGUGGGCACUGGCAUGCAAACGGGCAGUGACAUGGACUUGUUUCUCUUCCUCCUUUCUCUGCGGAGUCCCCAGAGGUGGUUUGGGGGGAAAAGACGCUUUUCCCUCUCUGUAGCAGCCGCUGCUCACCAUCCCCCUGUCGCGGGGGUAGGCCCAGUAUCAAGGCCAUGCCGCCCUGCACCCAGGCUGGGAUUCCCCCUCCUUGCUGCUCCUGUGGGAGGUGGCAGGAUGUAGCGGUGGAGUCGGAGGCCCGUCUGUCCCAGGCCUGUGUCUGUGGGUGCCUCUACUAGUAGUGUGCUUGUUCAGGCCAGGCUCUCACUGCAGCCAUUGAUGCGGUCCUGCAGCAUGGUCCUGUGACAGCUGCUCCCGGCCCCUUAACAUCACCUGUCCUGGUAGUGGUGAACGGGCAGCAACAUCCACGCUGCCUCGGUGCAGCAUCGUCCCCUUGAGCUCAGCCCUGGGACGGGAGGAGCUCGUCCCUUGGACUGGAUCGUGCACGGAGGCAGCGGGUCCUGGUCCCGAGCUGCCCAGAUUGGCACGUGGGGCUGAGGACAAAGGAGAAGGUGUUUGUGUGUCCUGUACAUCGGGUGGCCCAGCCGUGUGCAGGGAGGUCUUGGCUGUGGGCACGGAGCUGCCUCGGGCAGGUCACCGUGCUCGGGUAGGGAAGCUGGGGGCAGCUCAUUUGCUUCCACCCUUCGCGCUGCUUCGGAUCAAAGGCCCACGGGGCCCUCCCCUCCCUGGCAGGCUGGCGACUCGGCCACCCUGUGCUGGCAACCGGCUGAGAGAUGCAGCGUGAGAACAGCUGGGAGGCGUUGCCAGCCUCGCUGUGCCCGUCCCGGGUGGAAAUGGGCUGUCCGGAGAAACCCGAGAGUCCCCCCUGCUGCUAUCUGCCUCGAGCAACGAAGGCACAACUGACUUUGUCCCUCCACCCAAGACGGGACCCGGCGCUGCCUUCUUUCCACGCCUCGCCCUGAGCCGGGCGCAGUCCUGUGGCUCUGACAUCCCGGCUAGCACUGAAGGCACGUGCCAGCCGCCCGGAGGGUGCGAGCCCCAGGGCACACACGUGGAGACUUCAGCCAGGCUCCCGCCAGGUCCGAGCUGUUUCGGGGCCUGACUGGGGUCGUGGUCUUCCCCGGGCAGCGAUGCUGUUCCCAGCAGGACUGCCGUACGGCUGCCAGCUCCUCUGAGAAAUGCCCGUGUGUGGCACUGUACGAGUGCCAUCUAGGUCUCAGAUCACAGCUUUUCUGUGCUCGGGAGGCAGGCGCCUUCAUCCGGGCUGGUAGGAGUCUGGUCUGUGUCAUGUCUCGCUCGCCUCUUCCCUCUGUCCUCCCGGACGGUGCCCGCCAAGGGGUCUGGGAAGGAAGACUUGGUCCCAGCACCGCCCCUGGCAGCUGGCAUCUCCCGCUGGGCAUCCAGGCAGGUACGGGGAUGCUGGGGAAGCCAGGCCUGCUGCAAGAGGCAGGGCAGGCUCGUGGCUCCCAGCCAGCCGGCGUCUGCCUUCGUCAGCUCUUUGCCCGCAGCUCUGCUCUGCUCCCUCUCGUUUGGAUGAGCCGCUGACAUUGUUCCUAUAGCAACCGCUGCUGCCAAGGAAGAGGAUAAAAUGGUUGCCAUGGCGCUAGUCGGGAAAGGAAAACACAUAAUAAUUAACUGUGGACAAACAGGGGAGAACGGGCCUGGCAGGGCUGGCGGCUCUUGCACCCCUGGCCCUGCGCGCAGCGGGGUAAGGGGGGGUCCUGGCCGUGCAGCAGUGGCCUCUGGGACUGGUCUGUGGGACCCCGACCCAGGUCAGGCUGGUUUGCACGGCCCCGUGCUUUCCCACGGCACCAGCCUCGAGUGCAAGCGGCGGGGUUUGCUGCAUCCUGGGCCCUGGGGCACUUGUAGUGCCAGGCUCUCUCUCACUCCGGUGUCACCGAGAAAUGAGGCCUUGUGCAGCCAGGUAGAAAGGUGAUGGGCUCCCACCAGGCGUGUGGCGAGGCCCGGCUCUCCCCUGGGGAGAACUCGUCCUCCCAAAGCAGCCGUCAUCAAGGGGCCGCUGGGGUCCCAUCUGUGCCGCGCUGGUGGCUUUGGGCUGAUAGCAUCCUUGCCAGACCCCAUUUCCUUUGAGCUGCUGGUGACAGCACUCGGCAUUAAAAGCCUCCGAAAAGCAAGUGUAAUGCUUCUGCUCCCUGUGCCAGCGGGCAUGUCUGCGGAGAGGAGACGUGGGCAUGUCGGCCUCUGCAGGCAUGGAGAUGGCUGGAUGGGGUUGCUCAUAACCCAGAUGACAUGCACGGUGCUGGCCAGCAGCAGGGCAACGGCUGAAAUGCAGCCGACUUCAUCUCAGCAGGCUCCUACCCGCGGCCUGGCGCCGGGGGCUGUUGGGCAGGGAGGGCCGUCUGUCUUCCUUCACGUGACCAUAAUGGUAGGCAGGAUUGAGGGUCCGUGCACCCAGGCAGGCCCGUGCUGCGUGGCAUGGACGUGCUCUGGGCUGGCUGUUGCCCAACGUCGUGGCAUCAGAACGGAGGGGCUCGUGCCGCACUAGACGUGGGCAUGUGAAAGCUGGCAGCUGCAGGCGCCAGUGACGCCCCUGCACGUGCUGCAAGCUCCUGCUUGCCGGGCGGUGGGUCCGUGCCCACUUUGGACCUGGGGGAGCAGGUGCUGAAUGAGGUGACCGACCCGCAGCUGUGGUGGGAGGGGAAGAGCUGGGACUGGGCUGCCGAGCGGGCUGUCAUACGUCAGCCUUGCAUGUGCCCGUGCACCAAACCCAUCGGGAUUUUGCUAGUAUUAAGGUGUUGCGGCGGCUUGCCAUUGCAACUUGACUAGUGACAGCCAGGACCUGAAUGGUAAUGGGUGGGGAGCCACUGAGGCCCUCUUCUGUGACAGCAAGGUUGAUGCCCAGAGGCUUGGCUACAGGGCAAGCACAAAGUGGGCAGCCUUGGUCUGCAGCCCGUGUUAGCCCUGCCAGAGGCAGGGAGGAGCCUCCCUUCCAGCCGUGCGGUCCGGCUCCAUCCCGAGAGCAGGGGAAGAGGUAGCGGCGCUGGCCUGGAGGGCGCUCAGGGAGAGGGGAGGCGAGGCAGCCCCGUGCCAGGGGCAGGGAGGGGGAAUCUCUCGUUCUAUUUAAGUGAAGGCGGCUUAAUGCCCCCAAAGCUGCUUAGCGCUUGCGUUCUGCCAGAGGGCGGCUUUAGGGAGAGGCAAAGCCUCUUAAACCGAACAGGCCGGGGCACGCUGGAGGUGCCGGCCCCUUGCCCAUGCCCUGGAGAAAGUGGGUCCUGAAAGCACAGGGCCAGGGGUGCAGCAAGGUGACAGCCCCCCUGGCCCGUGGGAGAGGCACUGUUCACCUGUCCCUUGCAUGCUGGGGCCGGCAGCCCCGCGGGGUGCAGCUGUGCUAGCAAGGGAGGGGGCGUGGGGCUGGGUGCAGCCACCCCCGCAGCUGGCCGUGACCCUGUGGCCGGUCUUUCCCUCGCUGACUUUGCACGUCCUCCGCAGAUUAUCUGUGCACCCCGGAGGAAAACGUGUACAAGAUCGACUUCACCAGGUUCAAAAUCCGGGACAUGGAGUCGGGCACGGUGCUGUUCGAGAUCACUAAGCCGCCUGCGUCUGAACGUGAGCACAGCGAUAAGAAGGAUGUUGACCCCAAUGCCGGCCGGUUCGUGCGCUAUCAGUUCACCCCAGCUUUUCUUAGACUUCGGCAAGUUGGAGCUACGGUGGAGUUCACAGUAGGGGACAAGCCCAUUAACAACUUCCGCAUGAUCGAGAGGCACUACUUCCGGGACCAGCUGCUCAAGAGCUUUGAUUUUGAGUUUGGGUUCUGUAUCCCCAGCAGUAAAAACACUUGUGAGCACAUCUACGAAUUCCCACAGCUCUCGGAGGAUCUCAUUCGAGAGAUGAUCCUUCACCCCUACGAGACGCAGUCGGACAGUUUCUAUUUUGUAGACAACAAGCUGGUGAUGCACAACAAGGCGGAUUAUUCGUACAGCGGAGGACCGUGAGCGUGCGGUGGGGAGCAGAGCUGCGCCGGCCUUCCCUUUCCUGUAGAAAUUGUCAGGGAUUCCAACACCUUCCUCCAGGUUGCCGAGCAAGGAUUCAGGAACCAAGGAUGCUUUGCUAUAGUAGGAGUUUCAGGACUAAAUUUGCUGAAGUCUUUCCUCUUCUCUGAGCUUUGAAGCAGAACCCGGUUCUUCAACGACUCUCCAUUCAGCGUGACACCAGUGAGUGAUCCCUGGUCACCAGUGUCUGGGGCUCUCGGUCGCUCCGUGUAACGAUGGCCCUAUGGCGCGUAGUUGAUCCCAGUCUGCGAGUUCCUUGCCAAGACUCUGCAGAUCCCUGGCCUCAUUGUUAA